CGGCGGCGGCAGCUGUCACAGUAACAGCAGCAGGAGGACGUGCCGCCCGCCCAGCGCUUCUGGGUGGCUCAGAUCUGCUCCGUAGAGGCCAGCGGGUGGAGAGGUGGAUGCUGCUCGCCCUGGUCCCAGCCAAAACUGGGCGCCAGGUGACCUUUGGCCAUUUCCAAAUACCAGACGUUUCCUCGAAGGAUGAAAACCUGCCUUCAUAGAGGUUGAUUGGAAGGUUCUCUCGCAACCUUGGGCAGGCUGCCGAGAAGAAUCUGAAGGAUGACUGAGCUGUGGUGGGUGGAGGAAGGAGCCCACAGCUCCCUGACGUGACUGCGCAGCUGGCCAGCUAGCAUUUGGAUGUGGUCCUGGUGUGAUUCGGGGAGUCCACUCAGGAGGAGCGGCAGGAGAGGCAGCAGGGAGGCAGGCAGGGAACCAAGCCAGAAAAGGCGCUGAUGCUCAACCCUUCCCGCCCACAGCCAGGGCUCUGCCCUCCUGCUCGGCCAUGUCUGAGGGCGAGAGCAAGGACAGCUCGGGCAGCGAGUGCCCCGUGUGCUACGAGAAGUUCCGAGAGCUGCAGGGCGCCAGUCGGACGCUGAGCUGCGGCCACGUGUUCUGCCAUGACUGCCUGGUCAAGUACCUCCUGUCCACGCGCGUGGACGGCCAGGUCCAGAGGACCAUUGUCUGCCCCAUCUGCCGCUACGUCACCUUCCUCAGCAGGAAGAGCUCCCGCUGGCCCGCCAAGCUAGACAAGAGCUCCCAGAUCCUGGCCGUGCCUGUGGGCCUGCCCCCCACACCACUGCCGGAUGCCCUGGGCCACGCCAACCCCCUGGCCCUCUCCCAGCCAGUCUGGAGAUCGUCCCCGGGCCAGCUGCCCUUGGACCCGCCGCCCGGCCUGCCCCGGGAGCCACAGAUCUUCAUCAUCAGCCGCCAUGGGAUGCCCCUCGGGGAGCAGGACAGUGUCCUGCCACGGCGCAGCCUGGCAGAGCUCUCUGGGGCCUCCCCGGCGCCCAGCUCCACCCGGUCCUUCUGCUGCCGCUCCCGGGCCCUGCUGCUCAUCACCCUCAUUGCCGUGGUGGCCGUGGUGGCCGCCAUCCUCCCCUGGGUGCUGCUGGUGAGGAAGCAGGCGUGAGUGGGGGCACCAGUCAGAGAGCCCCACUGGAAGCUGCCCGCUCGCACAGCCAGGCUGGCCAUGGCCUGGGAGGGGCCCCAGUGCAGCCUUGGGCCAGCAGAGCCUCAGGGGCAGCCUGGGGCGGAGAUGGGGUGUUAGGGUGCUGACUGGCAUCACCCGGCUCUUUGCUCCCAGCAGGGAUCAGAAAGGACCAGAAGGCAGGACCUCUGAGGCAAGAGUUUGGGUGGGGCAGGGGAACUCUGAGCUGAGAAGGAAGCUCCAGGUUCCAGGCCAGGGAGGAAAUGUGAUGGACACCCCUCCUCAGAAACCACAGUGGGGGUAUUCCUCAGCAGAUACGCGUCCCUCCUCUAGGCUAGAACCCAGCGAGGUUGGGGGUGGGGUGGGUAGCUGCCCCACCUGUGGGUGUCCCCAUCUGCCAGGUGACCUACCCAAAGCCAGGUGGGACUCCGAGUCGGGGCACCUCCUGCUGGAGGGGGCCCACAGGUGAGACCCCUCCAGGUCAGAACUCCGGGCCAGGAUCCCUGGUGUGCUCCCAGGAACAAACAGAAGGGAAGGGUGGCACAGGGACCAAGGCGCAUGCGCUUCCCAGAAUCUCAGCACCAUCCCCCCACCCUGCCCCGACCCCCCCAGUUAGGUGCGCGCCUUCCUACCCCUGGAACCACCAGUCUGGAAGGUCUUCCCUAAGGGAGAGGCUGAGCUCAGGGGCUGUGGCCCAGAAUUCCUGGGAGAAGGGACAGAAAAGGGGAGCUGAGGCCACGUCGGGAAUCAGAGGUUUGCUGACAGAAGUGGAGGCCAGCAGAAUGGCCCACGAACAGAGCUAGAGGGCUCCCAAAGCCCCCCCCAGCCCAACAAUCGCCCAGAUUUUGAGUCCUGGGGUUUUCAAGGAUGGCCUGCCAGGUGGGCAGUGCAGGAGCUAUCUGGUGGCUGGGACCUGAGUCAGCUGAGAACUAUGUGGACACAUGAGCCCCUGGGGGCUCCCGCCUCCCGCCCAGCCUGUGACCAACCACUCAUUAGAGGCCACACCAGCCAGGCCAGUUCCUGGGGUGGAUUCCCAGGCUGGGCUGGGUGAGGAAGGGUGGGGAGGAAAACAGCUGUGCUUGGCAGGGACGCUUCUAUCUCAGUGAACACGGAACCCAGCUGCUAUCAGCCUCUGGCCAAGGUCACGUCACUUGGGGAUGCCACCUGAGCUGGGGGUCCUUCAGGAGGACACUAGAAAAGGCUCAGGUUGGGCCUUAUCUGGGGAGUGAGCCAUUUGGGAACAGCUAUUUCCUGUUUAUUAAGGCCCACAAGUAAAUGGGCCAUCAUCUUAAUUUUAGGGUUAAAAACAGCAAAACCCUCAAGCUUUCUCAAAUGGGUGGUUUAUCGCAGCCCAGGUGUUGCAGCAGCCAUGCCCUCCGUAGCACACGCCUCUCUCAGCGGAGCUUGCUACGCGUGGGGCAAGACAUAGAGCCCUGCCUCUUGUUGUUUGGUGGCUCAGCCGUGUCCAGCUCUUUUGCGACCCCCAUGGGCUGUAGCCCACCAGGCUCCUCUGUCCAUGGGAU